GAAUAAGUGAGUACAUUUUGGAGCAGGAGCCUGAAAGAGAGCCUCAGAGAGCCUGUGGGUUGAGGGUGAACUGCGUCCCUGCUCAGACACACGGCAACUCCGGGGAGGAGACCUGUCUGAGUCCGGCCCCACAGGUGUCUGUUUACGGGGACCGAUGCGAGUUGAAGGUUUCCAGUUUACCACCGUCAGAGCGAACACUGAUUAGAACCGGAGCGCUGCAACACAACCUAUGACCCGACUGGGAAAAUUCUCAGAAACAUGUAUGAGCCCCGGUACUAUGACAGCCCCCCUGUGUACAGUCCUCCGUACAGCACCACCUCCCACAGUCUCUACCCCCCAAGAAGCGUCCAUUCCCCUCAGAGUCAGUAUGUCUCCUAUGCCCACCAGCCUCCUCCUGAUUCCUACUACAUGGAGGGGCAGCCGCAGCACUUCUACAGGUGGUUCUCUCCCCCGGGUUUUGUUAAAACCUUCCAAGGAACCACAGCCCUCAUGUGCUUCAUUAUCUUUGCCUGCGUGGCUUCAACGCUGGUGUGGGAUAUGAAUGGGUUUGGGUACGGGGGUUACGGUGUUGGGGACGCGGUCUCUGUGGGCGGAGCCGGCUCGGGCUAUUAUGGAGGCAGCUACGGCUACGGUGGCUCCUAUAUGACACCGCAGUCAGCCAAGGCAGCGAUGAUUUCCAUGGUGGCCAUCAACUUCCUGGUUUCACUGAGUUUCCUGGUGGGAAGUUUUUCCAGGUCCCGGAUGAUGCGAGGGUGCAGGUUCUACCUCACCAUUUUCAUCUCUGACAUCAUCCUGGCUGUUUUUCAGGGCAUCAUUGAUAUCAUCUUUGUGAUUGGGGUGAACCCCAUGUCUCAGAGCUCACAGAGCAUGCUGUAUAACCCCAUGCUGAGGAUGUGUCAGAACAUCCAGGGGACCCCGAGUCUGAGUGGCAGCGUGGGGGCCAGUUUCCCUGGAGGCUUUCCCCUGUACAAUCAAUACCUUUACCACUAUUGUUUCAUGGACCCCGAGGAGGCAGUGGGGCUUGUUCUGGGCCUGCUGGUGGUUGUAGCUCUGUCUAUUUCUGCUUACUACGCCUACAAGACCCGCAGCAAGAUUUGGCGCCAUGGAAAAUCAAACAUCUUGUGGGAUGAGCCGAUGGUCAGGCUGUCAGACGGGCAUGAUGUUCUGGACUGGGUGAACCACAUUGGGGAGGCGCGCAGCACCCAGCAGGCGCCCACCGUUGUGGUGUCAGAGCGCGCGGCGCCUGACCUGAGGGCGGAGAACAGCGGCGGCCACAGCGAAGGGCACAAGGAAGCUGAUGCUUGUCUAAUCUCCAGUUCCUGCACAGAGAACAGCGCCAGGCACGACACUGAGCCUGUCUACCAAAACACAAGAGCCACGGUUUGUUCCAGCAGCUCCUACGAGACCGACAGCGUGAGGAAGCUUCCUCUUCAUCACACCAACAACAGGGAGCCUCCUCUUCAUCACAACAACAAGCGGCCGCAGAAACAGCUCACAGAACCCACGCCUGCUGCUCAGCUGGCGGCCGAGUCCCAGUACGAAACUGGUUACACCUCAGGGGACACUGGUAAUGAGCUGGACUGGGACCAGAGAGAUUACCUGUACAGGAUGUACCCGGCCAUAACCACAGAUGAGCAGCGUCGCCAGUACAAGAGAGAGUUUGACUCGCAUCUGGCCCACUACAAGAGGCUCUGCUCUGAGAUGGACCAUGUCAGUGACCAGGUGCACAAACUGAGCCGAGAGCUGGACACGCUGGACGAAGGCUCCGUGAGGUACCAGAGUGUAGCAGAUGAAUACAACUGGCUGAAAGACCUGAAAAAGACGGAAGACUGUCAGGCUAAGAAGAGAAAAAGCAAAGAACUUCGAAGAAAACUUUUCCACAUCAAACAUCUGGUGAAAAUCUACGAUCAAGGCUUCUGUUAAAGAACCUCCUGAGAACACAUCGGCCCUUUGGAGUUUCUUUCAGCCGACAGAACCAAAACAUGUCACCAGUGAACGUAGGGCGACGAGUGAAAGACUUACCAUAUAGUUUGCAUGAAUACACUUGAGUUGUCACACGUUGCUGUUUAUUUGGCAUUUACCAUACAGGUAAAAGUACCACAUUUUCUAAAGAAACUUUGACGCGACGUCAUGUUUGAUUCUUUUAAUAACAGCCAUAUACAGGAGAUCUGAAGUCUUAGGAAACCCAGAAACCGAUUAAAAAAAAAAAAAAAAUUCAGUCCUCUAAAACAUGGCUGAGCAUUUAAACAGGCCCAGCAGGAGAUCAGGAAGAAGGGUUACAAAUGUUAAAUGUUUCACCUACAAAUGACGGUUUCAAAAAACACAAAAGAAGAAAAACGAGAGAAUGUGCAGUUUACUACAAUGGCGUGUUAGGGCAAUUAUAGGUAGAAAAAUAAGGAUUAAAUUUCUGGCAAAAAACUGAAAUUUUGAUAUCAGAAAUUUUCUGGGGGAAAAACCCUGUAAAUUUCAUAAAUGUCCUUUUUUUCUAGAAAAUUUGAGAUUAAUCUCAAAAUUUCAGUUUUUUGCCAGAAAUUUACUCAUUUUUUCUAUUCUAAUGGCCCUUAUACACCAUCAUAAUUUAGUCCUCCAUCACGUCAUCUGUAACCUGCUUCCUGAACUAAUCACAUGAGGUAAAUCCAAUAGGACCAGGCUCUCUGUUUCAACUCAACUCAAACAGUGGGGCAUUUCCUUUUUUUUGUUUUGGCAUCGACUCUGAUCCAUCAGCUCCAUCCCCCCCCCAGCUCAAGCUCUGUUCUCGUUCUGUUGGCUUCCUUCAUGUUUCAGUGGAGGUAUUUUCGUCUCAUAGAGAAAACAAGCAUUUAGGAGGUACAAGUUAAAGGAAUACUUUAAUGUUGAAAUCAAACUUGAUUAAUAGUGUAAAUGAGGAAAAAAAACAUCUCGACAUCAGAGAACCAAAAACAACAUCUGAACAUGCAAAAA